AUGAUGAGCAGCUUUCUGUCAGAGAAGGCAGUGCUGAAAGGAGCAGGGCAGUUGGAACCAAUAAAUGAGGGCCUGUUGUCUCGAAUCUCAGAUCUCUUGCUGUGCAGAUGGACUUGCCGCAAUUGUUGUGAGAAGUGUUACGACUGCAGCUGCUGCCAGUCGAGUGAAGAUGAAGUGGAGAUCCUGGGGCCGUUUCCAGCACAGAUGCCUCCCUGGCUGGCCACAAAUCGAAGCAGUGACAAAGAUGGUGACUCUGACAACGUGACGGCAAGUGAGCCACCUCCGACACCACGGAACGUGUCACCAGACCGGAGACGGUCAUCCUCUGAUACCGCCCGAUCCACGAACAGCCUCUCAAGACGCAUUUCAAGUCUAGAACUGAAGUGGCCGACUUCUCCACUCGUGGACAUUAAACCGAUUGAGUUUGGCAUGUUAGGAGCCAAGAAGGAAAUUGUCCAGCCAAGUAUCCUGAGGAAAACCUAUACCCCUGAUGACUAUUUUAGGAAAUUUGAGCCGAGGCUGUAUUCCCUCGACUCCAAUAGCGAUGACAUGGACUCCUUGACAGAUGAGGAAAUAGUUGCGAAGUACCAGCUGGGCAUGCUGCAUUUUAGCACCCAGUAUGACCUGUUGCACAAUUACCUCAUUGUCCGGGUAAUUGAGGCGAAGGACCUGCCUCCCCCAAUUUCCUACGAUGGCUCAAGGCAGGAUAUGGCCCAUUCCAAUCCGUACGUGAAGAUCUGCCUCCUGCCGGACCAGAAGAACUCCAAGCAGACGGGAGUCAAGCGCAAGACCCAAAACCCUGUGUUUGAGGAGCGCUACACCUUCGAGAUCCCCUUCUUGGAAGCCCAGAGGCGGACUCUGCUCUUGACCAUAGUGGAUUUUGACAAAUUCUCCCGCCACUGUGUCAUCGGGAAGGUGUCGAUGCCAUUGAGUGAUGUGGACCUGGUGAAGGGUGGACACUGGUGGAAGGCCCUGGUCCCCAGCUCUCAGAACGAAGUUGAACUGGGCGAACUCUUGCUGUCGCUGAACUACCUUCCCAGCGCAGGAAGACUGAACGUGGACAUUGUCAGAGCAAAGCAGCUGCUUCAGACGGAUAUGAGCCAAGGCUCAGAUCCCUUUGUGAAAAUUCAGCUCGUUCACGGGUUAAAACUGGCGAAAACCAAAAAGACUUCGUGCAUGAAGGCCACCAUCGAUCCCUGCUACAACGAAUCCUUCAGCUUCAAGGUUCCACAAGAAGAACUCGAAAAUGCCAGUUUAGUCUUCACAGUCUACGGCCACAACGUCAAGAGCAGCAACGAUUUCAUCGGGAGGAUCGUCAUCGGCCAAUACUCCACGGGCUCCCCGGAAUCGAAGCACUGGCGGCGGAUGCUCAACUCCCACCGCACUUCCGUGGAACAGUGGCACAGCCUCCGCUCCCGGGCCGAAUGCGACCGUGUCUCGCCAGCGUCCCUGGAGGUGACGUGAAGGCGCUGCUGGCGCCACUCCACACCUUCCCCGCAGAGAGACACACGAGACCCGUCACCCCACACACUCGGCACAUAAUCACCCCUGGAACUGACCGUGACGGUUCCGGCCGCCAGGAAGGAAACGGUUGCAUUCGCCCUCCGUACCUCAGCCAUCUCUCAUCCCGGCAUCCCGCGGCUUGCUUGCUUUCUGUCCUCCUUUCUCGGGCCACCGUCCUCCCCGGCCCACGGGGCAUCCCAUCACAUCACCCAUGC